UGUAUUCUUACCCGAAGUUUGAAGGUUGGAUAGGUCUGGUUUUUGGAAAUACAAGAUCCUCUAUUAAUUAUACUUUCUAGCGAUUCUUUCGGGAUACUCCUCUAUAUAUAACCGAAAAUGGGUCCAGAAAAAUCUGUCAACCUUUUGAGGGAGCUUGAACAAGAAAUGAGGGUUUUUCAAAAAAUUGAAGAAAGCAUUGAGUCGAUUCAGAAUAGAAAACGAAAUCGACUAAGUCAGAUAAAUGAAAAUGAAAUGGUGAAAGAGGAAUUAAAAUAUGUAGCCGCCGAUGCCGUUAUGUACAAACUCAUUGGUCCCACGCUUAUCAAGAAAGACAAAGCAGAAGUUGCGGUAACAGUGGAUGAAAGACUCAAGUAUCUGCAAAAAGAAAUAAAAGAGAUCAAUGUAGAAUAUACAACAUUGCUGGAAAAUAAAGAGAAGCAGCGAGAAAUUAUAAUUUCACUGAAGAAGCAAGUCCAAGCAUCGAGAUAGCACCACUGCUAUUGAAGUUGCAUUUUUUUGAAGCUCGCAAAAAACUAUGUUAGAAAAACUGAAUUCAACUUGAUUUUUUGUAUUUAAGCUGC